AUGAGGAGGGGCUUCGCGUCUGGGUGUGUUAAAAGUUGUUGCAAAGACCGGGAAGAAGUUUCGGAAGAGCCUUCCGCGGGAGACUCCAGGCGGGUUUUAGCUGCUCCUGACCUGGUUUCCCGCACACUGUGGGUCGGUUCUGCUCGGGAAGCUGGCGAAGGACGCAGUCCUGCUCCGUUGCUGCCGCCCCUGCCCUCGCCACCCGGGUCCCCGCGCGGGGCUCAUCCGGGUCCGGGCUCCGGCCCGAGCUGCGAAAUCGCUUGCUUGUCGGACUCGAGCCGUGGCACUAUCAAAGUGAACUGUCCCGAGAAACUCUUGUUUAGGAGCCGGGAUGAAGCUCAAGCAGCUCGCUUUAAUGGUGAUUUGUGGCUCGGCGAGGGGCACGGACAGCAAACAGCCCGCAGAUCCAAUAGAAACAAUGAUUACUCAGGACAAGGCAGGUGGUCAGGAGACGCUGGCCCGGCCGUUCCGCUUGGGGCGCGGGUCUUCAUCAGAACUCACGGCGGCUGUGCUUCCUGCUCGAUGCUCCGUGGGCCUGGGAGGAAGCUGCACGGAGGACAAAGCCUGGGCCCUGCAGAGGAGGUGGACGCGGCUGCUGCGGUCACGCACACACCUGGCUGCCACCGUGUAACCCAGGGACCACGUGCUGCACACUUGUGGCUGAAGGUGGCUCGGUCCCUCUCAGGCCUGCUCUCCCACCUCUCCCUCCUCUGGCCUUCUCCAUUAGAAGCCAAGGGAAGAAAUGACUUCUGAAUUUUAUUUAUUUGUUUAUUCGUUUAUUUUAUUUGAGACGGGGUCUCACUAUGUAGCCCAGGCUGGCCCGGAACUCACAGUGAUCCUCCUGCCUCAGCCUCCCGAGUGCAGCGAUCACAGGUGUGUGUAACCACGUCCAACUCUGACUUACAUUUUUUAAAAUUAAGAUGAAUGGCUUUGGGUCCAUUCCAAUACAGGAACUCAGUGGCAGUUAUAAAACAGUAAAAAUGGGUCACAGAAAGAUAGAGAUUAGGUUAAAACAUUUCUCUGAAAUGUCCGCAUCCAUUUUUGGAGGGACACAGCUGUUACCUUCCUGUGAUUCAUCAUUUUUGGAAGAGGGGCUUAGAAUCAACAUGAGAAAUGAUAUUUCCACCAAAGACAUUGUUUUCUUAUAUAGACAUUAUUUUUUUAAGAUUUUAUCUUGAUUUUGUUUUGUUAGUACAUGUUUGUAGCACAUAACGUUACAUUCCUUGUGGGGAGUGGUACAUGUCCGUAACACAUCGAUACUCCUUUUCAUACAUUUUAAAAUGCAAAUCGGCCUUUUCCUCACGGUGCUUCACCAUAUCAGCGUGUGUGUGUGCGUGCACGCGUGCAUGCGUGCACACCUGUAUGAAUGCACAUUUGUUCAUGUGUGUCUUUUCACACAUAGGUAUGUAUGGAUGGAAGAGGUCUUUUCAAGCAUCUAGAAUCUGAAUCUCAUUAGAAGUAGGUGACAAAAUUAAGAGCGGUACAGAAUAAUAAUAAAAAUAAAGGUCAGCGAUUUCACGUCACAAAACCCCUAGCCAGGCAUGGCGGCACAUCCCUGCAGUCCCAGCAGGGGAGGCUGAGGCAGGAGGGUUGAGAUG